UGAAGAAAUUUGCAUAAAUAAAUGAGAGGAAGAUGUCGCAAAGGAUAGGCUGGUACUGAUAAAGAUAGUGAAGGUAUCCUUGUUCCUUUCUGAAAAUGGGACGGGGUAUUUUAGGGUAUUGCUUAGUUGUAUUUAUUUUUACUUAUUUAAGCCACAUUUCGUCAGCCGCUAUCGAGAAAAGGCAGUAUUCUGAAGAAGAACUAGACAAAUAUCGAUCGUUGCUGCAUGAUCCAAAAGACGAAGAAUACGAUGACGAAGAGAGCGAAACUACAUAUGAUAACACUUGGAUUGUAGGUUUGGAUGCAGCAGAUGCUGAAAUUGCUAAUGAUAUUGCUAACAAAUAUGGUUUUGAAAAUAGAGGACAAGUACCACAUAUAGACGGAGUUUAUAAAUUUUAUUUUCACGAUCACCACGAAGAUAAGAAGGAAGUACACGAAACCGAAGAUGAUCGUGCUGAACAUGAUGUUCCCUCUAUUCACAGUACGAGCACCAGCAAGAUACACGUUAGAACGAAACGAGAUCAUGUUGAGCAUGCUAAUCUUUUACGUUCUCACCCGCAAGUCAAAUGGGCAAAGCGAGAACGUCUUCUAUCGAGAGAGAAGAGGGAAGGAAGGCCUAGGCCAAAGUCAGACGAGGAACUUAAUUUCAAUGAUCCAUUGCUGUCCGAGGAAUGGUAUAUUCUCAACAAUGGCCAGACAUCAGGUCCUGCAAAAUUCGAUAGCAAGGUUUUUGAUGUAUGGAAGAAAGGCUAUACGGGAAAGGGGGUUGUUCUUAGUGUUCUUGAUGAUGGUAUGGACCACACUCACCCAGAACUGAAAGACAAUUACGACCCGAAGGCGAGUACGGAUCUCAACGGGCAUGAUUCUGAUCCUUUUCCAAAUGAUUCAGAUCCUUAUAAUGCCCAUGGUACUAAGUGUUCUGGUACAAUCGCUGCGAAAGCUAACAACGGCAUUUGUGGUGUAGGCAUUGCUUAUGAUUCGAAAGUUGGUGCCAUAAGGAUGCUAGAUGGAAAGGCCACUGACAGUCUUGAGGCCGAUGCCUUGUCCUUCAACCCACAUCACAUAGAUAUAUACAGUUGCUCUUGGGGACCAAAAGACAACGGGAAAACUUUCGGCAGACCUGGUAAACUAGGACGCAUGGCUUUAGAGGCUGGAGCAACACUUGGGAGAAAUGGGCUUGGGAGUAUAUAUGUUUGGGCAACUGGCAAUGGUGGAAUGGCAAAAGAUGACUGCAAUGCUGAUGGCUAUGUCAAUAGUAUUUACACUAUUGCUAUUGGUUCAGUCAAUGAUUAUGGUGUUUCAACUUAUUACUGUGAACAGUGUUCUUCCACAAUGGCUGUAACAUACUGCAGUGGGCAGCACAAGUAUGGUGACAAUGAGAGUAAAGCAAAUGUCAUAACAACAUACCUGCAUCACCAGUGUACAAAGCACUUUGUUGGCACCUCAUCAGCUGCACCCUUGGCUGCUGGAAUAUUUGCCUUGGUGCUGCAAGCCAACCCAAAGCUAUCUUGGCGUGAUAUGCAACAUCUUGUUGUUGAAACUGCUGACUUGACUAGUCCACUUGACCCAGGAUGGAGGUCAAAUGGUGUGGGGCAUCAUUACAAUGCCAAAUUUGGCUUUGGUGUUCUUAAUGCUAUGAAACUUGUUGAAAAGGCAUUGAAAUGGAAAUCUGUUGGCCCACAGCAUGUCUGCCAUUUUCCCAUCCGGUUGAAGAACAAGGACAUCCCAAGUGAUGGAGCUUUGAGAAUCAAGAUAAAAACAGAUGCCUGCCAGAGCUGCUUGGCAAAAGACAAAGAUGAAAAUGGUACAUGUAAGCAUGCUGUAACAAAGAUGGAACAUGUUGUGGUCACUGUUACUUUGAGGUACAGAAUGAGAGGUGAUUUAAGUAUUGCACUAUUCUCUCCAAAUGGCACAAAAAGCAAACUGUUGCACAGACGCCAAAACGAUGACUCCAAAAAUGGCCUUAAAAACUGGUCUUUCAUGACUGUUUACAAUUGGGGUGAAAAUCCAAAAGGGACAUGGGUCUUGACUUUCACUGAUAGAGAAAGAGUCAUUGCAAAAUCUUUGUCAAAACGAUAUCAGCGUGAUAUGGAGGAGAUAUAUGUUAAGAUGCUGGAUAGAAAGAAGAGGAAAACUGAGAUGAAAAAUUCACAACAGAAAAAAGCAGCAAGCACAGUGGAGAGUGAUGACGAAAGUGAUGUGAAUGAUAAAUCAGCUGACAGUGUUCCAGAAACAGAAAUUUAUAAAAGGGCCUUUGAUGAACUUCGUAAUGAAAUGGCAUCAAAACCCAAAAAUGAGGAAGAGAAUGGUGACUUUAAGCGCAAUGCUGAUGAUGAUGGUAGAAGGUAUAAUCAAGAUAUUGAUGAUGAAGAGAGGUAUGUUGGUAGUCGAGAAAGAAGGACUUUAAAUAGUCAUACUGCAUUGGAAGGCAGUCCUGUUGCAGGUGUGAUUGAAAAAUUAUCACUAACAUUAUAUGGAUCAGCUGACUAAAAAUAUCCUAUAUUCAAAAUUUAUUUAUUUACAUUUUGUUGGGAAUCUUUAUUGACAAAUCUGCAUUGAACGAAUCUGCAAAGGCUUAGGUGUUGCCUAUUUAGAACUCCAGGGUUUAGGAUAUUGUUUGUCUUGGAGCAGGGGUGGAUAAUGAUUAUGAAAGUAACCAAAAUGCUCCAAAUGUAACAAGUCUCAUAUCCAAUUUGAUUUUCUCAGCAUUCCAAAAAAUCAGCGUUUCCUUCUGGUUAAUAUUUUUUCCCAAUGAAAACUGCAUUAUAUACUACUGAAUGUUAAAGUUGAUGAACGCCUCUAAAUUACAAAAACAAAAGUAAAGAAUAGUUCUCAAUUUUGUAAUAUAUUUGAUAGAUUAAUCUAGAUUUUCUCACUAUAUUGCAAAUUUUUCCUGGAGGGGAAGAAUGGUAGCAUAUUACUUUUCAAGCUCUUGCUUGUCUUAUCAUGAAAGUAGCUGUUGAAUUUGUGCAAUUAAUAAAAAUGCUUGCUGUGAUAUUUAUUAGCACCAUUUAUUUUUUGAUGAAUUUAUUUAUACUGGAACAUAAGAUCAUGCAGAAAGGUCUAAGAUGUUAUUAACUAACAUUGUAGUCUGCAGGCUGUUCAUAUCUCUCUGGUCAACAGAUUCAGAUUACCGCUAUACUUGAAAAAAAAUUCUAAAUGUGUGCCCACAACUCAGGAAAGUAUUUAUGUUGGAGGUUAGCGCCAAUUUCACGCUAAGAAGAAUAGAAAUAUUUCUGUUGAUAGGUAUUUUUAUCUUCUUUACACAAGCUAGUAAAAAGGUUACAACUUAGAUCUAACAGUUUGAUACCCACAUGAACCUGCCCUCUAGAGAAACGGCAACUUGCCUUAAACGAACCUGGUGCAAUUUGUUCUCCUGAAAAACGUGUAGGUAUGUCCCUUUCCAGCUAUGUUCUCGUAUCAUUUUCAUGGGGGCCACCAGUGCUUACCACAGAGAGGCAGAUGGCCUAUGUUUGUAAUUGUUCAAAGCAGAUUUGUUAAUAUUGCAGAUUGUGAAUAUGUCAGAAUGUAUUAGCACAUAGUAAACGAGUUAGGUUUUAAUUAAUCACAGAACAUAUAUGUUGUAAAAAACACACAA